CUUCUAAACUCUGCAAUUUACUCUAGAAACUCCAAGAUCACAAAUUUAGGGCAAAAACGAUUUAUCCGUUACAUUCUCGAAAAUUUCUCAAAAUCGAAAGUUAUGCAAAUGUCAAACGACGAUUCCUUUCCCCAACUUGAAGCGAUCGCCAAUUGAACAAUGUUCUUCCACGGCUUAGUUCGCCGGAUACUUACGUCUCUCUUGCAGCCAUGGCUGCUUGGGGAACCGGAGUUUCAACUGGAUUUAGGCUUUAUCAACUCCAGAAUAACUGCUAAGAACCUCAGUUUCGAUAUCUCUUCUCUCAAUCGCCUCUUCGACGAGUCCUCUCGUUUCUCGUUCAAAGAGGCUAGUUUGGAAGAUUUCAGUGUUCGUUUCUCUAACUGGUCCGUACCUGCCUUGGAAAUCGAAGUUCGUGGCUUCAAUGUCACUCUUCUCGCGGGGAAAGAGGAGGAGGAUGAUAGCUCAAUAAGGGCGAGGAAAUCGAGUGAGAAGGUUGAUGAGGAAAAGAGGAAGGCUGUUGCUGGGAUUGAUCCUGAGGGCAGCGCCUUGCACCAAGUGCUGGAGAGGGUCCUGGUCUCAACUCCCUCAAGAAAUAAAUUUACAACUUCGUUGUUGAAUCUUCUACUCAGACAUUGUCAUUUGCAGAUGUUCAAUUCCAAUCUUCAAGUGCAGGUUCCUGUAUCAAAUGAUGCCCUUAUAUGGUUGGUUGAAUUAAAGGAGUUUAAUGGUGAAUCUCAGUAUUUUGAGCAUGCAUGUCUUCUUCGAGGAUUUGUUGGUGCAGUCUUUAAUCCUCUAAAGGAGAUUUCCAUUGUUAUAGAUUUUAGAGGUUUUGGAGUUGGAUAUGAGAUGAAAGACAAUAAAAACUCAGUUUUUUCUACCAUAGAAUUGUUUUCUUGCAUUAAAUUGAAUGAUCUUCAGCUGGCAGACUUCAGCAUCCGUGUUCCUGAAUUAAGUUUUUCACUUUCUCCAGUUGAUUUCCUUGUUUUGUCGGUAUUUGGCUAUCUACCAUCAAAAGAAUCAAAACGUGUCAGAAAUGGUAGACAACUUUGGAGACUAGCUGCAAACAGAUUAGGAUUUGUGAUUUCACCUUCUAGGUCGUCAUUGCAUAGUUUAGUUGAAUUUGUUUGUCUGUGGCUACGGUAUCUUAAUGCUUAUGAGCAUUUACUAUCCCUCCUUGGAGAUUGUGCUGACAGCUUAUUAAAAAGGCCUGCUAUUAAGAUGUCUCAAAAUGAUCGCAGUUCUUUUAAUCACAAUUGGGAUGUGAUUUCUUCUAUUGAAAAACAAUUGCCAGCUGAAGCUAUUGUUCAGGCACGCCGAAUAGCCCGAUACAGAGCAACUUUGAACAUUCAACAUGGUGAAGGUGGCUAUAAAGGAUCCUCUGCCUCUAGUUGGUUCAAGAUUUUCUCUAAAAUUGUUCCACUGCUACUAUUCACUUGGAAUGUUCUAUAUAGAGUUUUUCUUUCAAUUGUACAUGGUUUCUUUUUAAUGAAGUUUCUUUUUCAAGAACAAAAGUUUGACAGACAUUUGGGAAUCAAUUAUGAAGCUCACCAUAUGCAAUAUUGCUUCCUGCUCAACUUUGGAAAAAUUUUGAUCAGAGUCUCUCCAAAUGACACAGUUCAGAGAGUUAAUGAAAAAAUGGAAUCACAUAUUGGGAUCUCACAUUCUGAUAUCCACUCAUUCUGCCUAUCAAUCGAUGCAUUUUUAUUAGUUUACAUUGAUGAAAUUUUUGAACAGUACUUGUCAAUUUCCUGUGGGCAGUUAAAGGUUAAGUCAUCUUCUGUUAUUGGGGCUGCAAUCAAGGAAAGCAGUUCAAAGCAUCAUUUUAGUUCUGUGAAAGGAAAUCGAAAAAAGAGGAUUGAUAAUUUAAAAACUGUCCUAUGGGGUGAGCCUGCACAAAUAGUUUUCCCUUCAGAAUCUGGUGAAACCAGUGAUGCAGGUCAAGCUGAAAAUGCUUACAACCCACUUCUGAAAAAAUUUCUUGGAGAAAUGUGGUCGAAUUGGAAGACAUCUUGCACGAAAUAUGAUGAUAAUGAGAUUCAUUACUCUGAAAACCCAUGGCUUCUUUGUGAGAUAAAAAAUUGUUUGAUAUAUCCAGGCCUGAAGAGUUCAGAUUCUGUGUUUUGGAAAUGCAGCUUGAUGGUGGGAAGAUUAAAUUUGGCUUUGGGAUAUUUGUCAAUUAUAUCAAUAGCUAUCCUGCUUGGGCAGAUAAAGCAUGCUCUAAAAUGGACCGAGGACAAUGGAAUGGCAAGUGUUCUUUCAAGUCCGACACCAACCUGUGAAGAGCAACCGGAAAUUAGUUGGGAAGGUAAAUAUGAGGGUUGUAUCAGUAGAAUCAAGAUGACUUUACAGAGAAUACUUCAAGAGAAAAGUAUUCAACUAGGAGUAUUCAUAACUGGUCCUCACAUCCGGAUGUCAAUGAGAAAGAUUGGACCGAAUAUUGGGGACAAUGAUGUGAAUUCUGCAGUCAGUCAGGAUGAUUUUCACCUUGGAGUUGAUAUCCACAAUAUUGAGGCUGUUGUUUGGCCAACUUCAAAAUCUGAUUUGGUGUUAACUCAGUUGCCAGAAUUUAAUGAUGUGGAAACAGGGUGCCGUAGGUUGCAAGAGCCUCAGACAAUUGAAAUUCCCAAAUCAAAUAAUGAAAAGUAUUCUUCUCAGACGUGUUUUUCACUCAGGUCUUAUGUGAGAGUUAAUGGUUUGAACAUUUUCAUGGGAGAUUUAACAGAAAUACAACAGAGCCAAGUUCUUAUAUUGAAGCCAAUAGCUGUUCAGUUUUCAAUUUUCAGGGAGUGUGUUCAUUCAUUUAGCACUACCACAAUUUCUUUCUCUACUGCAAUGUGUGGGAGAGCUACAGGAUUCACAUUUAUAUCAUAUAUGGAUGAAUUGCAAGGUUUUUUUCAGGUUGUUGCAGAUUUACUUUUAGCAGUUUCUUAUGUUUUUGAUGGCCUUCACAUAACUGGUUAUGUACCUCUUCAAGAUUUUAUGAGGCAAAGUAAGGCACUUUCAGAUCCUGACAACAAUGAGACAACUGCAGAAGGAGUUCCUUUGAUUUAUAACAGUACUUUAUUUUCAAUUAAUGGUACUUUUAUUUUUGAGUCAAUGGAUGUGAUUCUUCAGAAUUCCAGAAUAAGUGAUAAAGGGGAGAAUUCAACAAAAGUAUAUGAUGCUUUGAGUCGUAAAAAAUUUUCUGGGUUUGAUUUGCAAGAAUUUGGAAUUUGGAUUUCCGUUCAUCAUAUCAGUACAGAUAUGUCUUUUGGAGAAAGGAAAGUGGAAAUUCUUUUGGAUUUGUUAGGGAUUCAGUCUAUAAUUUUUAGGUAUCAGGAUCAUAUGGGAAAAAGUUUUGAUCACUUUGUAGUUAGAAACUUGCAGCGGCAAUCUCAUAAUUGGUUAUAUGAAUCAUCCCUUUCUAAUUUCACAUUUUCUUUAGCCUUGGGUUGUCCUCAUGAUAGGAUGAGUAGCUCAUUUGGUAAUUCUCCUUCGGGUGGUAAUCAAUCAUAUAGUGUGGAUAACUCCCAUUUGAUAACUGAUUCUCCAAUGUCAAGUCAUUGGAUACUCAUAAAUGUUACACUAGGCGGAAUAUUUGUCACAAGGCACUCAAUAAAGAAUGUAGUGGUUGGAGCACAUCAAUUUAAUAACCUUACAUCAUUGCUUUCAGUUGGCGAAAAUCUUCAGACAAUCUCUUGGAGGAUACAGGGUGGUCUUCUGUUCCUUGAAACCACAGCUGUGAUGAUGUUUGCUCGAUGCUUUGUUUUGUAUCUUCAUCGCAUUGCAAACCUUUUAUCUAUUAUAAAAACAUCUGUUAAGGAAGUUGAAAAUUCUGAACAUGAGGCCCAAGAGAGGACACAUGCAAGGCUACAACCUCUCUGGGAACUGCCUGAGGCUUCUUCCAUAGAUGUGUCUCAGUUUUCUCUUAUUUUCAUUAUUGAAGAUGAUUCUGGUGAGCUUCAGGAACUUGUGAGCGAGAUUGAUGUCCGUGUGAAACUUGAAUCAGUAAAUAUGCUAAGGAAGUUCAUGUUUGAGCUUUCUCGCAUGUCAAUCUUCUCUCAGGUCUUUAAAGAAUGUUCAGAAAAUGAAAAUCAAAUUCCUCAUUUUUCUUCUGCCAUAUCGAAUGAAUCACCAUCCCAUUUUACAACUAGAGAACCCACUGUUGCGUUUCAGCAUUUGAAUGGAAGUCACAUAAUUCGUCAGAACUAUAUCUUGAAUCAUUUAGUUGCUUUCAUAUCAGCUGAGAAGCCAAAGGAUGGUCCUCUGCCAUUAAAUCAGGCUUGGGUUGGCAAUGGUUCUAUUUCAGGUUUUCACCUGACUAUAUCUUUGUCUGAAAUACAGAUGCUUUCAUCCAUGGUUUCUUCUUUGUCUGGUGGAUAUAAUGAAGACGCAACCAAUGAUCUGAUAAAAAGGAGUUGGUCCAGUCAGCAAGAAACUGAUUACAGUUUGGAAGACAUGGUUCCUAAUGGAGCAAUUGUAGCCAUUCAAGAUGUGCAUCAACACAUGUACUUUGCAGUUGAUGGAGGGGAAAACAAAUAUAGUUUGGUUGGCGUAAUUCAUUACUCCCUUAUUGGAGAAAAGGCUCUUUUUAGGGUCAAGCACCAUAAACAAAAGAUAUGGAAAUCAUCAGUUCUGUGGUUUUCCUUCAUAUCUUUGCAUGCUAAGAGUGAUUCUGGUGAACCUUUGAGAUUGAAUUAUCAUCCUGGAUCGGGUUUUGUUGGUAUCUCCAGCACAAAUGAUAGUGGAUGGUCUCUUUGGAGAACAAUUUCUUGUGAGCCCAAAAGCUACAACGGUGAUGUUGGCUGUGAGCCAUAUAAUAAUUUGGUUAAAAAGAAGUUUUAUUUGGUCAAUAAGAAGAAUGACUGUGGUGUUGCUUUUGUUGAUGGGACUCCUGAAUUUGUUAGCAAGCCGGGAAAUCCUUUCAAGUUUAAAGUAUUCCAGCAUCAUGCUUUGGGUCACAAUAUUGCAAAUUCAGACAGGCGUUAUUUGGAGGCUUCUGGAGUAUAUUUGCUUUCUAGGGCACAUGAGGGGGAAGGCACAUCUUCUUAUAUGAGUGGAAGCGUUCAGAUUAAGGUUGAGAACACUGAUCUGACCAUUGUUCAUGAGCUGCCUGAUACAAAGGACAGGUUUCCUCUCCUUCGUGGCUGCAUCAAUAAUGUCCAAAUCAAUGUUCAAAUUCUCUCUAAUAAAACAAGAAUUAUGAGCACAUCAUUUGCUUUGUUUCAUUUCUUUGAUGCACAAAAAAGUUCAUGGAGAGAACUUGUCCAUCCUGUUGAAAUAUCUACAUUCUAUAGAUCAAGUUCCGAACUUCAGAGUUUGGAAACUAUUCAGCAAAGAGUGCCAAUUCAUUUCUAUUGCAGAACUAAGGAGUUGGAUAUAUCUCUAACUGAGAUUUCAUUAGAUAUACUACUCUUUGUGAUUGGGGAAUUAAAGUUGGCUGGUCCCUUUGCAUUGAAAAACUCUAUAGUUUUGACCAAUUGCUGCAAGGUGGAAAACCAGUCAGGUUUGAAUCUUGUUUGUCACUUCAAUAAUAACAGAAGUGUGACAAUAGCCAGAAAACAGUCUGCUUCUGUAUUUCUAAGGCAGCCAGUAUUGGCAAGUGAACCUCCAGAAAGUACAUCUGUUUCAAUUCAACUUUCUAAUCUUGGAUCUUUUGCAACUACUUCACUUCAUCUUUCUCUUUCAAGAACUCAAACACUUGCUUGGAGAACGCGCAUAAUGUCACUUCCAGAUUCAAAAGCUCAUCCUGGGCCAUUUGUUGUGGUAGACAUUUCAAGGAAAUCUAAGGAUGGUAUGUCCAUUGUAAUUUCUCCUUUAACCAGAAUACAUAAUGAAACUGUAUUCCCCAUGGAGCUACGAUUUCAACGACCUCAACAAAAUGAAGAUGUGUUUGCUUCUGUACUGCUGAAGAAGGGGGAUUCAAUUGAUGAUUCCAUGGCAACAUUUGAUGCUGUAAAUUUGUCUGGUGGAUUAAAGAAGGCACUAAUGUCUUUAAGCAUUGGUAACUUCUUAUUUUCUUUCAGACCUGAAAUUGUUGAUGGCUUGCUAAAUUCCAAGAAAGCACUGUCAGUAGAAUGGUCAAAUGAGCUAAAAGGUGGAAAGGCUGUUCGUCUUUCUGGAAUUUUUGAUAGGUUGGGGUAUGAAGUCCGCAGGGCUUUAUCCAUUGAAUCAGCAAAAUGCUCCUUCAGCACUGCACAUUGUAGUGUCAGAUCUGAAGAUGCUCAUGUCACCAGCCUGCAUUUUCUGAUUCAGAGUGUUGGAAGAGAUGUUCCUAUUAUACAUCCUGAAAAGUCUAGUGAUGGUUCUGAAAGUAAAAGUUCAGCAGUAGCAUUACAAGAGCAAAAGGAAAUUUUUCUUCUUCCUACUGUUCAGGUGUCCAAUUUAUUACACUCAGAGAUACAUGUGCUUUUAACUGAGACAGAUACUUCCAUUGUUGGUGACAAUAUUGGGAAGCAAGCUACGGUAUCAUGUGGAUCAACAGUUGAUUUUUAUGUUAAUCCCACCAUAAUAUAUUUUACUGUUACUUUAACAGCUUUUAGAUCAAGCUGUAAACCAGUGAAUAGUGGUGAUUUGAUGAAGUUAUUCAAGAAUAAAAAUGACGUCCGCUGUUUGGACAUUGAUCUCAAUUUUGGUGGUGGAAAGUAUUUCGCAUCAUUAAGAUUGUCUCGUGGGUUCAGAGGCAUAUUGGAGGCUGCUAUUUUCACACCAUAUUCUUUGAGGAAUAACACUGAUUUUUCCCUAUUUUUCUUUACUCCUAAUCAGAAGCCUCUGUCUAGGGAUGAGGUCAAGAAGUAUGCUUCCAGCAUUCCUCCUGAGUUGGGUUUAUUUUGCCCCCCAAAUUCAAUACGAUCAUGGUUUUCAAAAUCCCACAAGAUUCGGUUUAAACUGUUAGAGAAUUAUGCAUCUGAGGCACUGUUAGACUUGGAUGCUUUAUCUGGCCUCACAGAGGUAAGCUUAGAGAUAGAGGAAGGAUCUGGACUCAAAUAUAUUACAAAGUUUGGGGUUUCCAUGGGACCGUCUUCAAGUACAGUGAUGGUCCCGUCACAAAGUGUAACUAUGAUACCGCGGCAUAUUGUGUAUAAUGAGUCAGAGGAAACUAUCACAAUCCGUCAAUGUUACUUGGAAGAUGAAAUGGCAGGCAUAAUGCGCAUUAACAGUAAACAGAGAACAAUACUGCAGCUGCAGAAGGGAAUUAGCAAGAGCAAGGAAUUCAGUAUUUUUGAGAAUGUCAUCAGAAAGCAUAGAAAUGAUGUUGAUACUUCACUAGUAUAUUUUCAGUUUCAACUAAAUGAGCCUGAUUCAGGAUGGUCAGGUCCAGUAUGUGUUGCUUCACUGGGUUGCUUUUUCCUGAAAUUUAGGAGAUCAUCCAAUCAAGUUCCAGAAUUGAAUAACCGUGCACCAGAAUUUGCUGCUGUUCAUGUGAUAGAAGAAGGAUCUACUCUUGGAAUGCACUUCCACAAACCUCCAAAUGUUAAUCUACCAUAUCGAAUUGAGAAUCAUUUGCGUGAUACUUCACUCACUUACUAUCAAAAGGAUUCAUCAGAGCGAGAGGUUCUUGGAUCUGACUCUAGUGCUUAUUAUGUCUGGGAUGAUAUAGUUCUUCCCCAUAAACUGGUUGUGAUAAUAAGUGAUAUGCACCUGUUACAUGAAAUUAACUUGGAUAAGGUACGGGCUUGGAAGCCUUUUCUCAAACCAAAACAAAACAGAGGAUUGGCAUCUCAUUCACUUUUCAACAAAAGUUCCAGAGACCAAAGAAAUUAUUUUGGUCAGUUAAACAGCAUGGAGAAUGUAAAGGUAGGGUAUGAAGUAUAUGCAGAGGGUCCUACACGAGUUUUACGGAUUUGUGAGUUCUCCAGCAAUCAACAAGGAGACAGAUUGUUUCGGUCAUGUGCAAAGAUCCAGCUAAGAGUAUUUCAUUUCUCAAUCCACUUGCUUGAAGAUGGAAAGCAGUAUUUAGAUAAGAACGAUGAAACAUGCUAUACAACAUUUAUAGUUGCAAGGCUUGGCAAUAUCAAUUUGGACUCUCACUUUAUGGAUCAGCAGAAAUAUAAUCAGAUUAGUGUGCAGUCACUAAAUGUUGAUGAGAAGUGGAUUGGUGCUCCUUAUGCAGCAAUGCUUAGGAGACAUCAAUUAGACUCCAGUGACUCCAACAUUCCAGUAAUCAAAGUUGUGUUUGUUCUUCUUCCAACCAGUUCCAAUGUUAGACAAGUUAAAUAUUCAUCCAUUAUUCUGCAGCCGAUUGAUUUGAACCUUGACGAGGAGACCUUAAUAAAACUGGCCUCAUUUUGGCGAACAUCUCUGAGCGACUCCAGUGCUCCCAGUCAGCAGUAUUACUUUGACCAUUUUGAGGUCCAUCCGAUAAAGAUUAUUGCUAAAUUUCUUCCAGGAGAUUCAUAUUCAAGUUAUGAUUCAGCUCAGGAGACCUUAAGGUCGUUACUUCAUAGUGUUGUAAAGGUUCCACCCAUAAAAAAUAUGGUUGUGGAGCUCAACGGGGUACUGGUUACUCAUGCUUUGAUAACUGUGCGUGAAUUAUGCAUCAGAUGUGCACGACAUUAUUCCUGGUAUGCAAUGAGGGCCAUCUAUAUUGCAAAAGGAAGUCCCUUGCUUCCACCAACUUUUGUGUCCAUAUUUGAUGAUCUGGCUUCAUCUUCUAUUGAUGUUUUCUUUGAUCCUUCCCGUGCCUUAAUAAAUCUUCCUGGUCUCACACUAGGUACCUUCAAAUUCAUCAGUAAAUCUAUUUAUGGUAAAGGGUUCUCAGGGACAAAGCGCUACUUCGGUGAUCUGGAAAAAACUCUGAAAACAGUGGGGUCUAAUGUGCUAUUUGCUGCUGUUACUGAAAUAUCAGACUCUGUUCUCAAGGGAGCAGAAGCAAGUGGUUUUGAUGGAAUGGUAACUGGAUUUCACCAAGGAAUUCUGAAAUUGGCUAUGGAGCCUUCACUGCUGGGGACUGCUCUGAUGGAAGGUGGCCCAAACAGGAAGAUCAAGCUUGAUAGAAGUCCUGGGGCUGAUGAGUUAUACAUUGAAGGUUACCUGCAAGCUAUGUUGGAUUCAAUGUAUAGGCAGGCAUAUCUGAGAGUCAGUGUGAUAGACGAUCAGGUGCUCCUCAAAAACCUACCACCCAACACUGCCCUCAUAGAUGAGAUUGUGGAUCAUGUGAAAGGGUUCCUUGUAAGCAAGGCAUUGUUAAAAGGAGAUCCUUCAACAUCUUCUCACCCUUCCCGUCAUCUUCAAAGGGAAAGUGAAUGGAAAAUCGGACCAACUCUGAUCACAUUGUUUGAACACCUGUUUGUGAGUUUUGCAAUUCGCAUGCUGAGAAAGCAAACUGGUAAGCUAAUGGCCAAUAUCAAGUGGAAAAAAGAAUCAGGGACUGAUGAUAGUAAAGCAAUAGACCAUGCGGACGCCCCUGAACAGCAGCAGACGUUCAUAUGGAGAUGGGGCAUUGGUAAGUUUGUGUUUUCAGGCAUCUUAGCAUAUAUUGAUGGACGGCUAUGUCGUGGUAUUCCUAAUCCUAUAGCACGAAGAAUAGUUAGUGGCUAUUUGUUAAGUUUUCUUGACAAAAGCGACAACAACAAAUAGCAGCAUAAGGCUAUUGAUAGAUAGACAUCUUUGUUUUCUUCUACCUUGUCCUUAAAAUGACAUGGUGAAAAGUGGUAAAGAAAAUUUUAGAUAUUAAUGUGGAGUUGAUUUUAAACAAAAGCAAACAGUGAAAAGAAAAAGAUCUAUGUAGUUUAUAUCAACUAGUUGGAGAUUAAGGCUUAGUUGUUAUUACUUCUCUAAUUCUCUUUAACUUUCCUGUUGAAUUUGGAAUUUACAUGUGAAAUCCAGAAAUUGGUGGGUGUGUGGUCAUGUUAUAAUCAAAUAAAAGCAUUAUCAUGAUACUUGAGAUUAUUGUCAA